CCAACGACGGGAAGCACCUCUCUCCGCGCUACGAAUGGCACCGCAAUCCAGUGUUGCGACAAACAUUCGAAUAAGUCCGAUUUAACAGUGUCGUCUCACCCAAAAUUAUUGCUUCAUGGAAAAUUUCUGCAUAGCGAAAAACCGUAAAAUUACCUAGUCUCUAAUUCAACUUGGUGCUUGAGCUUUCACUUUCUAGCUACAAAUUUUUCGUCAUUUCCAAUUAAAAUAAAGUAAUAUAAAGUAAAAAUGAUUGUCAUUUAGCUGCAUUGGUUCUCUAAUGUGCACCGAUUGAGACAUUCUUGUAUUGAAAUCUUAUAUUGAACCUGUGUGUCCGAGAUGGUGAACUGAGAAAGUCUUAAUGUGCCCUCACUGUGUGUGAGAUUUUCACCAUGCACAUUUCUUGUUCCGGUUUUGCAGUGAACGACUAAAUUGACAGAAUCUCAUCUGUUUUGAUAGUGGUGAACUUGACCUUCUCUACUUUCACUCUGAAAGUAUUUUAAGUAACUUAUAUACAGUUCAUCACGUAUUAUUACCCGAAGAACGGAACAGACUAUACUUUUGUGACAAACGGGAAACUAAAAUCCAAAAACAAAUGUGACCACGCUUUGCAAUGGGAAACCUUUUGGGUCAUUAAUAUUCAAAGUGAAACUUACAACUUGUUUCACCUCAAGUCAAAUGAAAGACAAACAACAAGGAGAGGGCCAGCCAGGUACGAGCAGCUCAAGUUCUGCAGCUGGUGGUGGCAGCAGCAACAGCAACAAUAUGGCUGGCGGUAGUGGAGUGGGUGGUGCAAUUUCCUCUCUGAAUUCCCUCUCCUUGACCACCCCACAGCCAUUGACCACUUCCAACAACAACGCCUCUUCUGCCACCCCUUCUGCGUCUGGUGGGAAACCUUCUCAGAGUAAUUACAGCCCCAUCAGCUCUCUCCUCAACGCUCUGAGUGGGGCGGCUUCCUCCAUGUCCAUGGUGGGGACGAGCAAACAAGGUCAAGGUCAUCCACCGUCGUCCUCUUCCUUCUCCUCAAGUACCUCUUCAGCAACCAAGGGAAAACUUCCCCCCGGGGUGGGAAAUCAUUGCUCCGAAGAAAAUCACGUAAUCGUAGUGGACUCAUCUCUUGUACGACCUCCGCAACAGAAUAACGUCAGCAACAGCGGGGACGGAGGGGGAAGUAGCAUUCUGCCCCCACAAGUCGCAGUGGAAGGAAUUCCUGGGGGAGAAAGCAAGAAGCCUCCCCUCCCACAAGUACAGAUUCAAGUAGUCAGUGACCGUCGGCCCUCUGCCACCAACCUCAACGGGCCGGGAGGAUGUCUCAAAAAGCCGAUCAAGAUGAAGAACCACUCUGGCCACGCGGUCGAGUGUUAUGACACUCUGCACUUUAAGAAUAGCUCACACCUUGGGACAAGCCGGUGCACAGAUCAGAUCUGCCUCGGGAGCAUGGUGGCCUUGAACACAUCACGAUCGGGGUUAUGUCGGCCUAUCGACGAAGUCAAGAAACUCGCCAAAGAUUUUUUUGACCAGUAUUACACUUCCAUCAAAAGAUUCAGCUCCACCUCCCACCGUCAAAGAUGGGAUCAAGUGAUUCGAGAAAUUGAGGAAACGGGUACCUACACCCUCACCGAGACGGAGUUGGUGUACGGGGCAAAGUUGGCGUGGCGAAAUUCCGUGAGAUGCAUUGGCCGAAUUCAGUGGGCGAAACUGCAGGUCUUUGAUGCUCGAAGUGUGACGACUACUUCUGGAAUGUUUGAAGCGUUGUGCAAGCACAUCAAAUAUGCUACCAACAAGGGGAAUAUUCGUUCUGCCAUCACGAUAUUUCCUCAAAGAACUGAUGGGAAGCACGACUUUCGCGUGUGGAACCCCCAAAUUCUUAGCUACGCUGGCUAUCGUAACCCCGACGGGAGUGUUACUGGGGAUCCGAUAUCAAUAGAGUUCACGGAGCUCUGUGAAAAACUUGGAUGGAAAGGAAAGCGAACCCGAUGGGACAUUCUUCCUCUUGUCCUUGCUGCUGAUGGACAUGAUCCUGAAUACUUUGAAAUUCCCAAGGAGCUAGUUUUGGAGGUGGAACUAGUUCAUCCAAACUUUGACUGGUUCUCCGAGCUAGAUUUGCGAUGGUACGCUCUACCCGCCGUUUCCGGAAUGAUGUUUGACUGUGGGGGACUGGAAUUCACAGCCUGUCCUUUCAAUGGAUGGUACAUGGGGACAGAAAUUGGCUGCCGAGAUUUGGGUGACACGUAUCGCUACAAUGUUCUUGAGGACGUCGCCAUUAAAAUGGGUCUAGACACGAAGAAUCCAACGACAUUGUGGAAAGACAGAGCAAUGGUUGAGCUUAACUUGGCUGUCCUCCAUAGUUUUCAGAAAGCUCUCGUGACCAUCGUGGAUCACCACAGCGCGUCGGAAUCCUUUAUGAAGCAUUACGAAAAUGAAAUGCGGACACGCGGAGGCUGUCCAGCGGACUGGGUCUGGAUUGUACCUCCAAUGUCUGGCUCUGCUACGCCAGUUUUCCACCAAGAAAUGGCAUUUUAUCUUUUAAAACCAAGUUAUGAAUAUCAAGAACCAGCUUGGAAGACUCAUGUUUGGAAAAAGAGCAGUACUUCUGGUCAAGGAAAUGGCAUCGGAGUCGGAGCUGGGGCAAAAACUCGAAAAACUGCAAGGCGGAAGUUCCACUUUAAAGAGAUUGCUCGAGCCGUCAAGUUCACAUCAAAAUUAUUUGGCAAAGCUUUGUCCAAACGAAUUAAGGCUACGAUCCUUUACGCGACGGAAACUGGGAAGUCGGAAAUGUAUGCGAGACGGCUGGGAGAGAUUUUUGGACACGCGUUCAAUGCUCAAGUGUACAGCAUGAACGAGUACGACAUAAUCAAUAUCGAGCACGAGACACUGAUUCUGGUGGUCACGUCGACCUUUGGAAAUGGUGAUCCACCCGAAAAUGGAGAGACAUUUGCACACGCAUUGUAUUCCAUCAAAAUGAAUCAAGGGUUUAUUCAGGGAGAGGAUGGCAUCAACAUGGCCACAUCGAAGUCCUUCAUCAAAAUGAACAGUCAAACCGAUUCGUUAGCUUCGGCGGAAAGAAAAUUCGACAGAAAUGAUUCUCUUAGAGGAAGCCAAAUUUCGGAUGUUAUGUCCGACGACAAUUUUGGACCGCUUAGAAAUAUUACAUUUGCGGUCUUUGCAUUGGGAUCCAGUGCAUACCCAAAUUUUUGUGCGUUUGGACGCUACGUGGACAAUCUUCUGGGUGAACUUGGAGGCGAACGAUUGAUGAAGCUUUCAACCGGAGACGAACUUGCUGGUCAAGAUCAAGCAUUCAGAAAUUGGGCAGCAGAAAUUUUUCAAAUUGCGUGUGACUCAUUCUGUCUGGAUUUUGACAAAAACAUGACAGACAUUUCCGCAGCGUUGAAGGCUGACACACUAUCUCCAGAGUUUGUCCGGUUUCUUCCGAUUUCAAACCCAGAAGAAGAAGCUGAGGCACUCGCCAAAGUUCACAAUCGAAAGGUUGUGUCAUAUCAAGUUAUAGAGAAGCAAAAUUUGCACGAGACAACGGGAAGCCAUGCUCGGUCCACAAUAAAAGUGGUGAUCAGAAAGCGAUUGGCCGAACCUGUGCCACUCACUUACCACUCUGGAGACCAUGUUGGAAUCAUGGCAGAAAAUCGUCGUGAACUUGUUGAUGCAAUUUUGGAUAGAUUAGUAAAUAAGCCAUCAAGCAGCGAUGAGCCAGUGCAGCUUCAACUAAUGCAGGAAAAAUAUACUCCGAUGGGAGUACAAAAGCAGUGGGUGCCACACGAUCGUUUGCCAAAAUGCAGUUUACGCCAAAUGUUUACUCGUUAUUUGGACAUAACUACACCUCCAAGAUCUAACCUUCUAGUGUACCUUAUGAAAUGUACGGAAGAUGAGGAGGAAAUCGAACGUCUCACAUCGCUGGCAAAGGAUCCGGAUGUGUAUGAGCACUGGAAGCAAUUUCAUUGGCCAAACUUUGUCACAGUGCUGGAACAGUUUCCAAAUGUGAAACCGGAUGCUACCGUUUUGGCGACAAUGUUGCCGAUUCUUCAACCCAGAUUUUAUAGCGUAUCUUCCUCUCCUUUGGCAUAUCUUGACGAACUCCAUUUGACAGUGGCUGUUGUUACAUACAAAACCCGAGGGGGCGAAGGCCCUGUGCACUAUGGCGUUUGUUCUAAUUAUCUGUAUGAUAUCCCCGUUGGAUCUCUCGUCCCUUGCUUUGUUAGAAGUGCUGCAGGGUUUCACAUGCCCACGGACAUGGCUAAGCCGAUGAUAAUGGUUGGACCGGGCACUGGAAUUGCCCCCUUCAGAGGAUUUUGGCAAGAGAGGAAACUCAUGAUGCAAAGACAUUCCAACUAUCGUUUUGGAAAAGUAACACUGUUUUUUGGCUGUCGCACCAAAGAAAUGAUAUUGUACCGAUCGGAACUCGAGGAUCUGAAGGAGGACAAUGUACUCUCGGACAUUUUUCUGGCAUUAUCCAGGGAGCCGAAUGUUAAAAAGACAUACGUACAAGAUUUGAUACGUCGGGAAAAGGAGAACAUAGCCAAGCAGAUAAUGGAAGAGGGGGGACACGUCUACGUUUGCGGUGACUGCACAAUGGCGGAGGAAGUUUAUCAAACGUUGAAGAGUGUGGUGCAAGACAGAGGUCAAUUAAAUGACAACGAAGUUGAAAGCUACAUGCUCUCAUUACGAGAUGACAGCCGCUACCACGAGGAUAUUUUCGGUAUAACUCACCGUACCGCAGAAGUUCACGAGAAAGUGAGGCAGACAGCAAUGACAAGAAUAGAAUCCAGUCAAUCCCUUAGCCAAAUCCUUCUUACAAAGUAGUACAGACAGAAAUAAACGAUUCAUCUUCAUCGCUUCUGCAUUUUUGUGUCCUCCCACUUAACGUUUUUGUCAAUAUUUUGUAAUAUUUGCAACCUGUGUCACAAUCAAUAAUCGAAUAUACUUAUUGUCACGCAGACUAUAUACAGUUUAAAUUUUCCUAUACUAUUUUUGGUGAAGCAAGUUAAUUAUUACAAAUGCUAAAUUUAUUAUUCCUUCUGCACUAAACUAAUCAUGAAUUUUAAAAAUAAAAUUAUAAUAUAAGUGGUCCAACUCUUGGGUCGCUUGCAAUUUGACUUUCUCCCAAAAAA